AUGUAUAUGAACCCUGCAGACUUUGCUCUUGAUACGGUUACUGUUGACUUUAGAUCGCCAUCGGCAAAGGAAUCGUCUACAAAGCGAAUUUAUCACAUUUUGGAUGAAUGGGAAUCGAGAUUUGAUACUUCCACUGUUGAAAAAAUUGUAGAAUCUAACCAUCGACAAUAUCCAAAAUUGGUUGCGAAAAGAAUGGGAAACUCAUGGAUUGCAGAGUUUUUGAUCCUCACUUCUCGCUCUUUUAAGGAUGCAAACCGAAAUUAUCUUGUCAUGAUUUCUGGGGUCUUUCAAACGCUUUUCAUCUUUCUAUUGAUUUGCUUUACAUUUUUCCAACUUGAUUAUUCGCAAUCAUCAAUUACUUCUCGGUUGGGUGUCUUGUUCUUUCUAACUGCCAAUCUGCUUUUCAGCACAAUCAUGCCGGUAAUAAUUAUAUUUGUGCUUGAACGAGCCAUMGUUAUUAGGGAAAGAUAUUCAUCCUCAUAUUAUAUCUCCUCGUACUAUUUCGCCAAGGCGUUCUCUAUUUUGCCAUUCCGGCUUGCCAUGGUCUCUAUAUUUUCUCUAGGAAUCUAUUACAUCAUUGGCCUAAACCCACUUGCAUCGUGCUAUUUCAUUUUUUGGGGGAUUUUCCUUGAUUUAUCUUUUGCUGCACAGGCGCUUAGUUUACUUAUUGGCGCCGCUGUACCAGAUGUCCAAGUUGCCCAAGCCGCUGCCCCUGCCGUUAUUGUGGUGUUUUUCAUCUAUGGUGGAUACUUUGCAAACUUGGCCAAUGUAAGUUGGAUUUUACGCUGGAUAGAAUACAUAUCCAUCAUAAGAUAUGGUUUCAUGGCCUUGGUCCAAAAUGAAUUUUCCACCCUUGUAUUUGAGUGUUCAAAUGGGUCAUAUGCACCUCCUGGAGAGGAUUGUCAAGGGGGAUUUAGCACUGGCCAGCAGAUAAUCGCGUACUUUAAUAUGAAUCAAUUUUCUAUUUCCACAUGCUGCUUAAUCAUCUUGGGCAUUGGAUGUGUAUUUCAUUUACUGGGAUAUCUAAUGUUGAGAUCAACAACAAAACCCUCGUUGCGUCUCAUCUAA